GGAUGUGAUGCGUCGCUGGCUACCAUUUCUUUCUCCACCACCUACACACUAGCAGAUCAACCCGAUCUUUCCUCCAGAGGACCACCCCUCUGGGGUCUCAGAGAAACAAUGGAAGUUUUGGGGUUUCUCAAGUGGGAACCGAGUGGCACCGUGGUGACUCUGACCCUGUCUGUGGCUCUCUUGGCCCUCCUGAAAUGGUAUUCCACAUCGGCAUUCUCAAGACUGGAGAAGCUGGGCAUCAGACACCCCAGGCCCUCUCCUUUUGUUGGAAACUUGAUGUUUUUCCGCCAGGGUUUUUGGGAGAGCCAGUUGGAACUCAGGGAGAAAUACGGACCUCUGUGUGGGUACUAUCUUGGUCGUCGGAUGUAUAUUGUCAUUUCUGAACCAGACAUGAUCAAGCAGGUUUUGGUUGAGAACUUCAGCAACUUUUCCAACAGAAUGGCCUCGGGUCUGGAACCCAAGCCGGUAGCAGACAGCGUCCUGAUGUUACGUGACAAAAGAUGGGAAGAAGUCAGAGGUGCCCUGAUGUCUGCGUUCAGUCCUGAAAAGCUGAAUGAGAUGACACCUCUCAUCAGCCAAGCCUGUGAACGUCUCCUGACUCACCUAGAACGCUAUGCGGCAUCCAGAGACACAUUCGACAUCCAGAGGUGUUACUGCUGUUACACCACAAACGUGGUGGCCAGUGUGGCUUUCGGCACCCAGGUGGACUCCCAGAAUGCUCCAGAAGACCCGUUCGUACAACACUGCCGGCGUUUCUUUGCCUUCAGUAUCCCCAGGCCCCUCCUGGCUUUAAUCUUAUCAUUUCCGUCCAUAAUGGUCCCAUUGGCCCGGAUUCUGCCCAAUAAGAACCGAGAUGAACUGAAUGGCUUCUUUAACAAACUCAUUAGGAAUGUGAUUGCCUUACGGGACCAGCAAGCAUCAGAAGAGAGGCGGAGAGACUUUCUACAGAUGGUUUUGGAUGCCCGGCACUCCACACACUCUGUGGGCGUGGAAGAUUUUGACAUGGUCACAGAAGCCCUGUCCUCUGCCAAGUGCACAGUGGACCCUCCCCAAAGAAGCUGCCCUACAUCCAUGUCUAAGCCUUUAACCACGGAUGAAAUUGUGGGCCAGGCCUUCCUCUUCCUCAUCGCUGGCCAUGAGAUCAUCACUAACACACUUUCCUUCGUCACCUACCUGCUGGCAACCCACCCUGACUGCCAGGAGAGGCUUCUGAAAGAGGUGGACCUCUUCAUGGAGAAGCACCCAGCCCCUGAGUACUGCAGCCUGCAGGAAGGCCUGCCCUAUCUGGACAUGGUGAUUGCAGAGACCCUGAGGAUGUACCCACCGGCUUUCAGAUUCACACGGGAGGCAGCACAGGACUGUGAAGUGCUGGGACAGCACAUCCCCGCAGGUGCCGUGCUGGAGAUAGCCGUGGGCGCCCUACACCGUGACCCAGAGCACUGGCCACACCCUGAGACCUUUGACCCUGAAAGGUUCACAGCAGAGGCCCGGCUUCAGCAGAGGCCCUUCACAUACCUGCCCUUUGGAGCUGGCCCCAGGAGCUGCCUCGGAGUGCGGCUAGGGCUGCUGGUGGUCAAACUGACACUACUCCAGGUCCUGUACAAGUUCCGCUUCGAAGCCAGCUCUGAGACUCAGGUUCCACUUCAGCUAGAAUCCAAAUCUGCCCUAAGUCCCAAAAAUGGAGUCUACAUUAAGCUUGAGUCACGCUGCUGAGACAAAAGGCAGAUGGAAAACAGAGCACCUGGUGAUGAUGACAUCUGAGAACCAUGUUUGAAGGGCACCCGGGAUUCAAACAAAGGCCUCAUGUGGAGACAGAAAUGUUUAAUAUUUGUAGACGAUAUCUUAUGUUAGGGUGAUUAAAAAGGCACAUGGCAUGUGAGCAUGUUAUUUAUGUCAUAGUUCCUGGAUGUUUAAUGUCUGUCAUGUUUCAUUUUGACAGUACGGUUUCCAAGCAUGGUUUUCUUGGGACUGAGGUUAAAUAAAGGAAAGGUCAUUUUGGUUAAACUGAGUAUGGUGUCAAAGGAAGUCCUGGCCUCAGGACAGUGGAGGGA